UGGAUAAAGUCUGGCCACACUCAAUGAUGAAGAGCCACCUGUGUUGCUUACAUUUUGUUCACCUUUAAUAUAUUCGAGCAUUCAAUACCAUUUAUAAGUGCAUCUGGGAAAACAAGAAACUGUCCACUGUCGCAAUGAAAUCCGACAACUUACUUAAACCGUCGCAGAAUCCUCUGACUUCAGUGGAAGAUUUAACCACUGAAAACAAUUCGCUCAGCAGCGAUUCGGAUAUUGAAGAUAUGGCUAGCGAUCGAAAAAAGAUAGUGCAAGGACUAAGAAAGACUAUUAGAAAGAAUAACACCAAAAUAAAUGAUCUGGUGGUGAAGCUAACAAUUUCAGAAAUUCAUUUGUCAAGUGAAAAAGAAAAGUCUAAUUAUAAAGAUGGUUUAAUAAAGACUUUAAACUUGUCGCUCGAUUUAACUAAUCAAACAAAAGAUUUAGGUGAAAAGCAACUUCAAAGUCAAAUUUCGGAGCUGAAAAAUGCACUUGAUUUGAGCAAGAGUCAGGCCUUAAUUAAAGAAAAGGAAACAUCCGGCCUUGUAGAAUUUAAUUAUCAAUAUAAGAAAAACAUUAAAGAUCUGAAUGCCGAAAUUUCCAAAUAUAAAUGUGCAGUUCAAGACAUGGACGCUGAACUUUUUGAAAUAAGAAAGAAAGUCCAGAAACGUGAUGACGAUCUGAAAGAGAAUGAGGACCACAUCGCCCGGCUAAAAUCCAAAAUUAAGACCAAUGAAGCUAAUAUUUUUUUUUUACUUGUCUUUAUUUCUAGUUUUUUGUUACUUUAUAUUGAGCACCUUAUACUAAAUGUAAACGUGUAGAACUUAACGUGUUUUAGCUGUAACUUUGUAUCCUUUAUAAUUUUACCAAAAUAAAUUAAAAAUUGUAUCGUUUAUUCACCGUUGAAAUUUUUUUACGUUGAAUACCCCUAAUCUUUAAUUAUCUUUUAAAAAGUUGGCGCCCUUUGUGUAGUUUGGUAAGAUUUUGAAUUAUUUGUCUGGUCACACUGCGACAUUCAGCGUCUUUUUGUUUUGGAUUUACAAUAUUUAUUUAUAACAAGGCGGUAUUGGAAACGGACAGCAUUCAAUAAAUUACAGGAAAGGAUUACCUGUGCUAAUCCUUGAAAUGGAACAUCAGCUGUGCCUGAGUUGCAAAAACCACCAGGCAACUUUGGUCGGGGUGUUUGAAAAUCUGCUGGAGAACGGAUCCCUGGCCGAUUGCACCGUCGCCGCCGAAGGAAAGUACUUCAAGGCCCACAAACUGGUGCUGUCGGCAUUCAGUCCCUACUUUGCGGCCCUACUGCAGGAACAGUACGACAAACACCCCAUCUUUAUGCUCAAGGAUGUCAGCUACACGGAACUUCGCGCCCUAAUGCUCUAUAUGUAUCACGGCGAGGUGCACAUUCCGCAAAGCCAGCUGAAUUCCUUCCUGAAAGCCGCCGAAUCGCUGAAGAUCAAAGGUCUCCAGAAGGAGAAUCAACAGGAGGAUACCCAGAUAGAACGUACUCCCGGCAAGAGCAAAAAUGUAUCCCGCGGGGAUAAGCAUCUAUCAUAUCGACCUCAAAAACUCGGUCGCUUCACGACAAAUGAUGGUCCUACCGCCAGCAAUGCAUCAGUCAUGGAAAAUAUAGAACUUUCGAGCCAGGAUUUUCAAAUAACCAAACCCGAGUCCGGAAACGAAAGCUUUGAAGAUGAUUGGGCUAUGAGCGAGAGGGACAUGCCAAUUCAGGACAACAAAACACAUGAAGAACUCCUUGCUCAAAGUCGUCAGCAACAGCAAAACCAUGAAAUUGAUCCGUUCGGCGAUUUAUCAUCAACUAAUAUAGCUUUGGCUGACGAAAUAAAAAAAUUAAGGGACGAUUUAAAUAGUUUGAAAAAUAUUGUGACAAGUACUAACCCAAAGAUUUUAGAGGGAGUCUCAAGACUGUGUGAAAACAUUGACAACUUCCAGUCAAAACCAAUCUUCCCUGUUACAUCAUUCGAGGAUUUGGAAAACUUAGAAGAAGCGAUUGAAGUCAAUUUCAACCAUUACGUUCCCAUUUUCAAGGCAUUGCUAAUCCCUGGCGGAGUCUCAGCAAACCUGAAGAGAAUAAUUGACGAAAAAUUACUUUUCGAAAUGAAUUUAUCUGGGAAAAGUCAAAAAAUAGGGAUUUCAAAAUAUAAAAACUUGCUUAACGCCCUAUUCCAAGCUGUGCAAAGAGAUCAUUAUACAUUUUCCGAAUUUCAAUCGGAUAUCCGCACUGCAUUUAGUAAAAUUAAGAAUAAGAUAUAUAAGAGGAAAAAUCCAUCUGAUUUAAACGACUCAGAAAAAUGUUAAUUUAUUUAUUCAAAAACUAUUUACACUUUCUGACCGUACAAGACCAACACAGAAAAUAAAAAUUAUUAUUUGUAA